AUGCUUGCAGCUGUUCCAGCUGUUCCUUUACUGGCACUGAAAUCACCAAGCGGUCCGCCACCACAGCCCCCACCUAGACCUCUUCAAAGAGGUCAUAUAAGAAGCGCCAGUUUGGAUAUGAUGAAGCAGAUUCAAAUGGCACAAGCCGGGAUUCCCUUCACAGCAGUAGAUCGUCGCGCCUCUGAUUCCACUUCUGCGGCCGAUAGUGGACAUCCUCUCUCAAAUUCUGAAGGUGGUGAAGGAGCAGUAGCGCCUAUUUUUCGAAGUCUGACUGUUCACUUCUUUGAAGCUUGCGAUGUUGCUGAUCUUUUAUCUUUCAGUGCUAUACCAGCAGCUGUUCCACCACCAAUACCACAACGAGUUUCUCCUCCAGCACCAAUUCCACGUAAAACCAGCAGCACAGAAGCACAAACUGAUGGUCAUUUUGUAGAAGCUAUGGAGUUGGAGCGGUUUAUCGCAGAUUUU